UCAAAGGUAAUAAUAUUAUUUAUAUAUUUUUGACAUGGAGGGAAUUUUGGUGUGGGGAUGUCUUUGUAAGCAAGGUUAUAAUGUUGACACAAUAUUUGCAUGGAACCAUUUAAACUGCUGGAAACAGCCUUGUUUUGUGGUUUGUUAAGGAUAAAAGAGGGUAAUUAAAUGUUUUUGGAACUUGGUGGUUUUUGCAUGUUAAUCCUUCCAAAAUGAUUUUAUGGAAUGUUUAUCAGCAGUUGGUGGAGCUGUUUGUGAGCUCCAUGCUUAUUUUGUUUUAUGGUUUUUACAUUUUUGGAACAGGUGUUGCUCAAGAUCUCUCACAUAGUAUGGUUCAAAAUUAUGAGACCGAUGUAACACAUCCUAAAGAUGAUGAUGACAUGCCUCCUAUUGUGUUCGUUCAUGGAUUUUUUGGAUUUGGGUCAUUUGGAAAAAGGAGAUUGAAUGCUUUAUCACACUUUGUUGAGAGGAAGAACAAACAACGAAGAGUACUUGUCCCUGAUUUCGGUUGUUUAACAAGUAUUUAUGAUAGAGCUCGAGAAAUGUUUUAUUAUUUAAAAGGUGGACAAGUCGAUUACGGUGAAGAACACAGCAAAGCUUGUGGACACUCGCAGUUUGGACAAAUAUAUGAACGAGGCUUCUAUCCUAAGUGGGACGAGGAUCACCCAGUUCACUUUGUUGGACACUCAGCUGGAGCACAAGUCAUUCGUGUCUUGCAACAAAUGCUUGCUGAUAAGGCAUUCAAGGGGUAUGAAAACACAACAGAGAAUUGGGUACUAAGCAUAACCUCUCUAUCAGGAGCAAUUAAUGGAACUACAAGAACAUACUUAGAUGGCAUGCGGCCAGAAGAUGGGAGAAAAUUGAAACCUAUUUGCCUUUUACAACUUUGCCGCAUUGGAGUAAUAAUGAAUGAAUGGGUUGACAUUUCUUGGCUGAAAAAGUACCAAAAUUUUGGGCUGGAUCACUUUAACAUGUCAUGGAGAAAAAUGGGCUUAAGGGGUCUUGUUAAUUGCCUCUUGGAUAAUGUAGGCCCAUUUGCUUCAGAGGAUUGGAUCCUCCCUGAUUUAACAAUUCAAGGUUCUAUAAAAAUCAACAAUUAUAUAAAUACAUUUCCAAAUACAUACUACUUUAGCUAUGCUAUCAAACGCACUUGGAAAAUCAUGGGCAACACUGUUCAUUCUUGCAAGCUUAGAAUUCACCCCUUGCUUUUCUUAAGAGUUUUGCAGAUGAGCCAGUGGUGUUGUUCUUCACAGGGUUCUCUCCCUUAUAAAGGAUAUAGGAAUGAAGAUUGGCAGGAAAGUGAUGGAGAAAUAAACACAAUAUCGAUGACUCAUCCUCGUUUCCCAAUUGAACAUCCCAGCCAUUUGGUUGAACAAGAUUCAGAUUAUGAAACUUUACAACCGGGCAUCUGGUAUAUAUAUAUGUAUUACAAGCUUGUAGAGGGUGAUCACAUAGCAUUUGUUGUCAAUCGGGAGAAAGAAGAAGGACCGUUUGAUUUAAUAUAUGAUACCAUUUUCGAACGAUGCAGGAAGCUUGUAUUUAGGAAGAAAUUUGUGACACUGCCCAAUCAAGUUUAGCAUAUGUUACUAUCAUAAAUUGUAGUGCAUAGGCUCACACAACCAUAAUAUUGUACACACUAUUUAUAAAUUGGCAUAAAAAAAA